CUGUCAGGGGCUUUGCAGCAGUGGGACGAAUGACGGCUUAGUUGGAGGAAGUUACUGGUAGCAGCUGUGCUAGUAUGUAACCUUACACGAGUAGGAUCCAGCGUUGCAGCAAGAUAGAGGUAAGAAUCUUAAAAUCAUGAUAAUAGUUGUACGUAAAUAUCGGCACAGAAAGCAUUGGAGUAAAUACAUGUGGGCGUGAUCAUCUAACGCCCGCUUGGAGCACCCAGGCUAUAAACAAACUUGGUGUGCUGUUCAGGGCCUACGCUAAAGCGACCUAGCAAAGCCUGUCUGACAGAUUUAACAUCGAGAUGCCUGCAUUUAUAUGUACACGUUUGUGGCCGCAUGUUUUAGCACAGACAAUCGUUCAUAAAGAUGCGUUCAAAUUAACAGCUCUUUUGUUUAACAGAGAGUAUGUACGUGUGAUAAUUCAUCCAUAAGUUAACAUUAGCAUGCUAACGAGCAUGAACGCGCUGUGCAACGGAUUGUUGUUACGCUGUUCGAAACGACCGCGCGCGGAAAAAAUCGCUCAAAGUUGUGUCCGUCUAGUCUUGUUGUUCGCUUAAAGUGGUUUGGUCUUUUCUGUCCGAACAGCUUCAAACAAAAGCCCUUUUCCAAACGGAGUACUACAUUUCUUUUGAACUGGGUUAUUGCAAAACAGAUAAGGAGAAAAACGGUUACAAAGUGGAGCCCGCGUCGCUUGAGCGUCGAGUCUGCCGCUUGUAGUUCACAAUGAAUGGGGCGCGAACAAGUGAUUUACCGCGUGAGUUCGCUUUCUGCGCGCAUCAACCGUUAGCGGUCCGAUAGCGUUAGCAUGCUUACUAGCAACCACCACAUUGAGAGAGCGAUAACUUGUUAAUAAUUAAACAUUAGCGUCCCUCUUGGACAUUUAUCCAAGUUGGUCAUAGAGUUAGUGUUGUAGCACUUAAUUAGGAUUACCUAAGGCUAACGGUGGUGAAAAAUAAGAUGUUUUAUAAACGCGACUGACUACGGAAACAGCCAAAUCCGAGAUGCUAGCAGUUCAGAGAACAAGUUAGCAUUCACAGCUGAUGGAGGUACAGAGGAUCAAAGUUUUACUCUUCUCGGCUUAUCUGUGUUUAAUAGUUACAUUUAUAAAAUGAAUAGUCGUGUCCUAUGCGUAAAAAACGCAAAAACUGUCAGCUACAAACAAUAGAUAAGUCAAUACGAGGUUAACUGCCGAGUUGGAUAACAGAUACAGUAUAAGGAGUUUGUGUUGGUGUGUUUGCUGCAAGUCAGUGAUUUCGGAGGAAUAGUAAAAUAAAAAGAGAUGUACCGUAGUACUACCACUGUCCGGAACCCACGUUUAUUAUGGCUAAAACCAAUUUUAACAGGAAUUAAUGAACUAUAAUGUGGUACAAAUAUGUACAAGUAAAAACUUGCACAAAUAUGUGGGAAUGUUUAAGACAAUGGUGAAUAUUCAUGGACAUGCAAUAUAUACCUAAAUCAGUCAGCCUUCACAUAUGUGUAACUUGUUCUGGUAAGAAAAUUAAUUUACCAGCUUUCUUCUCACCUGGCUGUGUUAAUAUUUGAUUCUGAUUUAUCAAAACCCCUCAAGAAUGGUUAUUAGUCUAAAUAGCAGAGGCCGCCACACUUUGUGUUGUAUGUCCAUGCAUGUUAAGUGCUCUAUAAUUAAAGUUUGAUUUGAUUUUCACACAUCUGUUAUCAAUUCAACCUGUUUCUAUUGGCUGUGCAACAUAAAUGUUUCCUUUCCCACAGUAUCAGUAGAUAUUAGGGAGAGUGUGUUUGAUACUAGUCUGAACUUAUUAGGAGGACACAUAACUUUACACUGGUGGCCAAUGGCAGACCAGUCACCAGCAGAGAAAAGAAGUGGGGAAAAAACAGCACUAAGAGGAGUGAGUGAUGACAAAAACACAAGGAGAUGAGUCAAAAAGAUAUCAAGACAUGAAGCAAGAACAAGCUGCAACUCAGUGGGGUUUAUGGGACUGGUUGAGGGAGAGGAAAGCAAACAGAAAAGAGACAGAAAAAAGGCUGCUGCUGCUGCUUUUAUCAAUGCAGAACAAGGAAAACUUGCCCUUGGUUUGGCGUCUAUUGUCCUUGCAUAGUUCAAACAUCACAGUGACCUUAACCUUAUCGUUAUUUUACAACCUCUAUGAACAUCUUCGAUAGUAUUUUUCCCAUCAACUGUAAAAGAAGAUAUUAAGUUCAAUCUGAUUUAAAGUAGUAAAGCAGGAUAAUUUAGAUUUUAGAUUAUACCUUGAAUGAAAAAUGGUUAGUUUAAUGGUUACUUUACCCAUGAGUAAGCUGAUAAGGAUACUGUUGUCAUGGAAUCACUACAGGGGUUAAAGUGGUGGAUUUCUGCUUCACAUAACCACCAGUAAACUACACGUCACCCCUUAAAGAGACCGAGGAAGUUUUAUAAGACAGUAUUGAUGGAUGUCUAAGAGCUGGGUUUAAACAAGGUAAACUAAUAAGUAAUGUUUGCCAAUGGCCAUGGUACAUGAUAGCAGUCUUUACACUUUAUUUGCAUGAAUUUGUUUGAUCUCUACCUUCUCUCUGUAUUUGUUGAUGCAGGAAGGCAGCAGCAUUCAUGGAUAUAGUGGACACCUUUAAUCAUCUAAUACCCAGCGACCAGUUGGACGAGUCCUUGAUUAUAGGCCAGAAUCUGGAAUGUGAAGCUGGUAAUGACUUUGGGACAGGAUCGCAUCUGGAAGAUUCACUCAAGAACAUGCUCAGCGACAAAGACCCCAUGUUUGGCUGUGCAAGCUCUCAAUUCAAUCUGCUGGACAGCGAGGAACCCACUUUCCCUAUUGCUGACACUACAAGUAAGUCAGCAAACAAAGUUGUAAAAAUGUCUUGCUCAUUUGAAGUGCUGGAAUCGUAAUGAUGUUUUUAAAUGAGAACUAGAUUAAUUUCUUUUGGCAGCUUCAGCUCUUGAAGAUGGCUCUGCAUCCUCGGGCAUCGGCAGUGAGCUCUCAGUCACAGACAACACACAACUUAAGCGACCAGUUGGUAGGCAGAGGAAACCUCCACGUUCUUCAGAUUUCGGUAAGUUGGUGCCCAUUAAAGUUCCUGUUUCCGCCCUUUUACACAUUCAGAUUAAAGAUGACUUGACACGUUUGUCCUUUUCUUGCCAAAACAGAGCCAGAACUUGCUAACACACCCAUAAGGCGCGUAGCUCGAGGGAGACCAGGGAGGAAACCAGCCAACAGGCUACAAAAGACAUUUCUGAUCGAGAAAGGAGUCAAGGGCACCAAGCUGAAGGAAGAAUUAACUCUGGGAGGGCGUAUUAAUGUCAACGAUCUUGAUAGUGGAUUAUGGCUUAAUCCUGUGGUCGUACUGAGACGGUUGACGGUCACAAUCGGAGGAUUCAGGAUUGAACUGCUACCCGGACCUUCUUACACACACAAAGUGGAAACGAGUGAAUCUUCAGGCUUCGAGGAUGGAUUUUCAUACAGUGGGGACAUUGGGUUUACAGUGUUGCCAGAUGAAGCUGUUAAUGCACAGGUUCCAUUAGGGGAGACUGAAGCAGAAAUAGAGAAGCGCUCUGCUGAUGAUUCAGCCCUUGGACUGGGCCCGUAUGUUAAUCCUAACGAUGUGCAGACCUCUAAUGGGACAAUAAAGGGGAGCACACAAGAGACAAAACUCGACAAUCAGAGUGUUUCUGGACAGCAGAGGCCGGUUAGAAAAGGCAAACAGCCACAAAAUCAUGAGGAUAGCGAGACUAAUGCCAAGAGUAAGACUGACGGUAAGGUGAAACAAGAGAUUGUAGCAAAAACUUUGCCUAACCCUAAACAAGGAGUUUCCCUUGACAAGAAUAAGGACUUGGUUUCAGGUAAACCAAACAACACUGUAAAGGGACACAAAGUAUCCCAAACCACGCCAUCCACAAUCAUCCAAAGAGACGACCUGCACAAGAUGAAAUCCUUAAAGGAUAAGAAAGAUGUUGCACCUUUGAAAAGGCCUGCAGAAAUCACCCAAAGUGAGCAAGCUAGUAAAAUGCAAAAGGUACAGAGCACAGGAGACCCGAAAAUGAAGCCAAAAUCACCAGUUUCACCCACUGCUGUAGUUAAAAAGAUCCCAUCGUCCGGCAGCCAGGGACCAACUAAGCAAACUGUUCCACACAAUAGCGCCAAGGUGGAGGCAGCUCACCCGGUACAAGGACGUCCAAGCCAAUCUGUAAAAACCCCAGAUGACGGGGGGCAGGAGAAGGCUAAGCUGAAAAAGCCAGAGAAGAUCAUACAGAGACAGAAAAGUAAAACUGCGAGAAGUAUCUCUGUGGAGGAGCCGCAGCUGUUUAUUCCAGAUAAUGCUCCUGUCACAAAGAAGGAAGCCGCUGAGGAGCAACCUGCCAACAGUGAGAGUGUUUGGGACGGGAACAACUGCUGUGGGCUGUGCAAAAAGCACCACAACAACAUGUGAGUUUUUCUUCUUUGAUUUGAUUCAGAGGAAGAAAUGUCUAAUGUCUGAUUUUAAUCCAGGCAGAUUAUUUAGUUUCUCAACAUGCAUUUCUCUAUUCUCAAAUUUAUGCUAAAUUUAGGAUUAAUGUUUUAUUUAAAAUGAACCAUAAUAUCUGCAAACUCCAUUACUACUUUGUAGGAGUGUGAUGAGACACUCAGCUCAUGAGACAAGAUGGGGUGAGCAAGAGCAGAGAUAAGGUUCACUAGACAAGAUGAGAUUUGAACACCAUCUUUUCACGCCUUUAUAAGAUGGAGCAGUUGAAGACAGACGGGGAACAUGAAAAGCAGAGAGUGGGAGGAGGCAGGCAGUAAAGGUCUGGAAUGGAACCAGCGUCCAGGGUUGUAGCCUCUGUACUUGCAGUUUGGAGUGUCUAUUAACAGAAACAUACAAUCAGUGUGUUAAUUUAGAGACAUUUGUUGGAAAGGGCGCCCUCAUCUGCAGAAACUUUCUUUUCGUCUUGUUUGGCAGUGCCUCCUCUGCUGCACUGGACUGAUUUGGAUUCUGUGCUGUCACCUCUUUGCCAUAAUUGCAGUCGCAAAGACAAAUUAACUAAGUGCUGUCCUCAGAAAAUGGUGUACUUGCCAGACAGGAUGUCAUGCUUUAGUACCUCUACAUCAAAUGAGAACUCUGAGCAUCAAACACACCUUUCAAUAAUACACAUGCUUUGUUUUAGGUUCAUGGUCGGCUGUGGUCGUUGUGACGACUGGUUCCAUGGCGACUGCGUUGGCCUCGACUUGACGAAGGUGCGGGAAAUGGAGGAAGAGGACCAGAUGUACGUGUGCCUGAAAUGCUGUGAGGAGGAGAACAAAAAGGUCGAGCCCGAACCGCCAAUUGCAGCCAAACCAGAAGCUCCAGCAAAGACUGAAGUCCAGGAUCAAAAGCAGCAUCCGAAGCCCAAACCAGGACCCUCCCAGGCGCUGACAUCAGGAGGGGUCAGACCAGUAAGAAAGGUGAUCAGUUCUGCGUUACAGGCAUUAGAUCUCAUGCAUUUCAGAAAUGUAACCUUUCAUAUACAAAGGAUCUAUUUAUUUGUUCCCACAGCUAAUUCAUCCUCUGAUUUUAGGCAUAGACAAGGGUUUGUUGUGUUUAUUUGCAUUUACUUUGCUCUCACAGAAGGCUUGCACAUGGGUGUGUGGUGAACAUGGUGUAGUCACCACAAGUUUGGUACAACUUCACACACACAAAAGAAGUCACCCUUUGUUUUAUGAGACCAGGGUGAAGACAGGGUCAGGGUUGAUAACACCUCUAUUUUUUAAUUCCUCACAAGUCAAGUUUUAUGGUAUAUUUUCUAAUGUUGAGCAUAAAUAAUGACCCAGUGUUUGUUUUGUACUUUCUUCCAACCAUAGGAUCCUGAUAGGAGGCAGUCCACAGAGGUCAGAGAAUCCGCUCAUAAAACAGGUAUGUUUCUACACCCGUAUAAGAGGCUGUGAAUGUAAAUACAAGUCAUUUUUAGACUUCAUUACAAGAACAAACAAGCAAUUAACAACUGAAGGCAAACACACCACAUACAGUCACUUUUUAAACACAGGGCGACAAAAGUUUUGUGUCAGCUACGUUAUAAAAAACAAAAACUUGAUACCUUAAAGCAGGAUUUGUAGUAGUUGAGUUAAUUUCAGGGUUAAAUCCAGGUUUACACUCUUUGGAAAAAAAAUAAACAAAAAUUUCAAUCUUACAAAAUCAAAUUAAAUCAAUUACACCCAAUCACCAAUCAGUCGUCUUGAUCCCAGAAGCCUGUGAGCUGAUCUUGAGAGGAAAAAAGGGGGAAAGACCGACAAAUUCUUUGCAUGUCCUGAAUAGAUUCCAUAAAGGAUAUUUAUUAUGAUUUAAUGAUGAUACAGAGACUGACAAGUAUUCUCAAGCAUUCAAAAGAUAAUCAAAUUUAACCUAAACUUUGUUAACCUUUUCCUAUUAGCUUCAUACUAACAAUUUAAUACUAUCUUUACAAACAAGAAUGUAUCUGUGCAGCAAACUGGUAUGAAGUAGUAAAAUGGAGAGGCCAGAUUUAGGCGUACUGUGCAUCAAUGCCAGGAAAGCGAUAUUAUAAGCGUCACUUUGCACAUUAACACCAUUUCUUUUUCUGUCGGCUGUUAUGUGGCUGCGGCUGGGUUGCUUCAGAUUUUUCUAGUAUUGAAGUUUGCUCAUGGUCAGCAGUCUUGCUCGUUUUGCGAUUAUUUGUAUGUGCUGCUACUUCCUCCGACGUGCUUACUGAAACUGAAAUUUGAUCUAUGAGGUUGAUAACCAGCUUUUUGUGUGAGUGUUAAGUGUGAUCUCUUGCGUCAGAGUUCGUGAGGCUAGAUGACCAAAAGAUACCCUAAGUAUGCUAACUCGCCUUAUUCUCAGAUCUUAGAUAAGACUUGAGUGAAAACAAGAAAAAAUCAAGAUUUGAAAAGAGCUGUCAAAGGAAGUGCAUUUGAAGUGAAACAGGUUGUUUCACAGGCUCCCAAAACUGAGAAUUCAAUGAGGUUACUGUUGAUACUUCAACUUCUGUCUGCUCUGAGUUUCAGAACCAAAAGUGUGCAAAAGUCUAGAAGUUGUUUAGCAUAAUGAAAAAAUGAAGAACAGCAAAACAGGAGUGCACCUGUCGGGCAAGAGUCUCUGUAAAUAGUUGCAAAUGUUGUUGUGCUGCUUGAGUUGUUGUUUUAAACUUCCAUACUGGGUACACAGUUGUGGUAACAAAAGGUAAAAUUCCCAAUUUGACUCUGAUCAUCUUCCUGCCUUUAGAGUUUGUACAUACUGAUCAGGUCUCUCUUACUAAAGGUAAACUACGACUACAUCUCAGUGUGUCAAUAUCUGUGUUCUCAUUCAAUACACAAGAGGAAAAAAGACUCACCUUCUUCUCCUUCUUCUUAAAAUAACAGCUCUACUUGCACAUAUUUUAUCAUUUACAUCAUUUUGUUUCUGUGCCAGCUCGAACAUUUUGUCGUUCUGUCCAUGUAGGUGUUCAUCUGAAACAAGAGACAAGAAGUAAGUCGUCGUCUUCAAAGAAACCCGUGUCUGUGGAGGCGAUCAGGCGCAGUGUGCGCGACUCUCUGAAAGAAAUCCUUAUCCAGAGGUAAGAAGUUCACCAGCAAAAAGAAAAGGUUUAAAUACUGAGUUUUAGAUUAUAUUCAAAGUUUGUUUUCGCUCGAAAACUGUACAAACACUUACCUGAGUGUGCCAUAAGUGUGUCGCUUCUUGCUUUUCAGGUUGAAAGAGUCUAAUUUGAACGUCUCGGUGGAGAAGGCCUCUGAAGUUGCCAAGAAAAUCGAGAGGGAGCUUUUCCACUUGAACAAAGACACAGACAACAAGUACAAGAACAAGUACAGGAGUCUGAUGUUUAACCUGAAGGAUACUAAAAAUAAUGUGAGUACAAUCUUUGAGCAGACUGUCCAAAAAGUUUCUGUGUGAAGCAUCUCAGUGAAGUUGUUACUGUGGCCACAGUUGUCUUGAUUGAUUUGUUUCUAUUUCCUGAUUGUAGGUCCUUUUUAAGAGGGUCCUCAAAGGGGAGAUUUCUCCUGAUAACCUGAUACGAAUGAGUCCUGAAGAACUGGCCUCCAAGGAACUGGCUGCGUGGCGACAAAGGGAGAACAGACAUGUAAGUUGUUAACCAACAAUACAUUUUCAAAGAGUUCCCAGUGCGUACAUGUGGUAUAAUAUUUUAUGUUUUUUUCCCUCACAUUAAAGUUAUUUGGUGAGAUUUUGGAAAGCACCCUUUCUCUAUCUCCCUUUAAGUCAUAAUUAUAUCAUUUUUCAGACUAUUGAGAUGAUUGAAAAAGAGCAAAGAGAAGUAGAGAGAAGGCCCAUCACCAAGAUCACACACAAGGGUGAAAUUGAGAUCGAGAGCCAGGAGCCAAUGAAAGCACCUGAGCCCAUAGAGGUAAGGAAAAAGUCAGAUACUGUUCUGCAUCCCUGUAUGUUUGCCCGCAUAAUAGUGUUACGCAUCAUCAGCUUGUUUUUUUCUUACUUGUUAGGUUAAGACUUCUCCCAAAGCAGCAGAAGUGUCAGCAGAAAAACCUCCAAACACCCCGGAGCAGAAGGAAGAAAGCACCAAGACGGAGAAAGACACCACAAGCCAACACAAGUCUCAUUUGUUUGACCUUCACUGCAAAAUCUGCACCGGUAAACGCUUCAACGAGAAAAGCAGAUCUUUCUCUCAGUCUGCCUGUGGCGCUGCUUUUUCCCCAACAUAAAGCCACACUAUCCUCAGUAACCGGCUUCUUUUUUCUCUCCAUCAAACCUUUUCAUGAAGGUCGUAUGGCGCCCCCUGUGGAGGAGGCUCCAACCAAAGUGGUGAAAGUUGCUACGACGGUGGUGAGGAGGCAGUCCACCAAAGCAGAGGAGACGAAGGGCACGACGCCGUCCGCGGCGGAUGAUGACCUGCACCUCACGGUCUUGGAGGAGAGCUUUCGAAACGCUCAGUCAGGCUACGAAGGAAGGUGCGUGUCUCCCUGUUGACGUCUUUCUGCGUUUUAGAGCUAAUCUGUAGAUUUGAGAGAUGUUUAGAAACAACAGUGAGAACACAAACAACCGAGCAACGAAAACAAACAGCUGUUUGACUCAUCAGACUUGGAGAUGCAGGAGUACAGCUGCAAGGCAGCUUCAGUUACAAUUGAUAGUUAGCAUAAUAACAGCUAAAGGUCAACAUUACUCACAGCCUCCAUUCACUUUCACAUGAGCAGAGGAGCUUGUGUUCAGCACAGCAACAUCACAGGACUCCACAAUGUUUGUUGAUUCAACUGGUUCAGUUCAGAGAAUUUUGCUGAGCUUGCCAAAUCAGGGAAAUCAAUACCUCCCUUCCCUUCACUGGAACCUCUACUCAUGCUGAGCUAGCCUGCAGUCAGAGUAACUUGGUGUUGACUCACAAGUGUUUAAACUUAUUUUUAUUUGUUAGUGGUGUCCAACAUUUAAUAAAUGUCCUCCUUCAAUGAGACAUUUAACCCGCAUGCUGCUCCAAGUUGACCCUUGAGUCAUUUUAUCCUGAAACUGGUGUUUUGGUUUCAAUGGUGACCGUGUUUAUCAGUGACUUUCAGUUUUUCAUUAAACCCAAAUCUGAGGAGCACAUUCUAACAAGAAACAGCUCAACCAAAAUGCAUUCGCCAGGACUCGUUCCAUGUUGUAACCAUGACAACUGCUGACACAUUUGGCUGAAAGUCAUCAGAUUACAGGGUCACUCUUUGAACCCAAACACCAGCUUCCCUCUACGCAAAGGGAGGCCAGUAAGUGCAGCGCUUGUUUGUUUGUUUGUUUACCUGCGCGGUGGAAAAAAAUGAGACUGUGACAUAAUGAUGGAAAGACAGCUUUGCGACGGCGUGUGCUUUGGCCCGCUUCACAAGGCUGCAGCGUGAACACGAAACAACUCCAGGGAAAAACGCAGCCAUGUAUCAUUUUUUCAUCUGAAUCCAAACAAAACAAAAACCAUCGGUGUGAAAACAGCCAGGGACGUUUUUAAAUUGUUCUCACUGAAAUGUUUCAGUGUUUGGAUAGAAGAAUCAUUUAUAUUUAAAAUGUCCAAACUCCAGCAAACACUCUGAUCGUGGUGUGGACACAGAUCCAGCUGAUUAGUUGUGUGGAUAGUAUUGUAGUCUUAUAUCAGUUAUACAACUCACAGAUUUGCUGCUAAUUUAGAUUAAUUCCUUCAUAUUUUAAACUGAAGAUUCUAAUGAUAUUUAUUUUGCUAUCUAUCCACACUGGACUGUAUUAUACAGAAGAGGAAAUCUCUACAGUCUCAGAGGCUGCAGAAAAGCUCAAAUUGAAACCGAAACCAUCCUUUUCUGACCACCUGAGUCGUAUUUUUGUGCAGCUUCUUACCUCCAAUCUGGUUUCAUUUCUGUCGUUUGCCACAGGCUGGAUCUCACAGCUGGCAGAGAGGAAAAGACUGCUUUCCUCUCCAACCUGAAGUCCCUGUGGCGCGGAUUCAUUCACAUGCACUCUGUGGCUAAGUUUGUCACGAAAGCUUUCCCGGUGUCGGGCAUUCUGGACCACCUGACUGAUGUAAAGUGGAGCCGAAAGCUCAUAUUUCAAGUUUGAAAUGUUUCUGCUAAGUGUUAAAGACAAUCAGAGCUGUCAGUGAGGCUUGAUGUCUUCUUUUUUCUUCUAUAGGACCUUCCAGACAGCAUUGUAGUGGGGGGACGGAUUAGUCCACAGACAGUCUGGGACUAUUUGGAGAAGAUUCGGGCGACUGGAACAAAAGUAAGCGUUUGGCAGCUUUUCCUCCUGACAGGAUUAAGCAGCCUAUAGCUAAAUCCAGCUAUUACAUACAUCACCUACAAUUCAUUAUGGCGAGGAGCAGCUCAAUCUUCAGUCCAGACAAUUAACAUCCACACUUGUCAUGUCAUGUAAAGCUGCUUCAGCUCUUGUCAGAUUUCUUGUACUUCUCUGACGCGGCAUUUUCUUUAAUUAAAGGAGGUGUGCCUGAUUCGCUUCUCCCCCGAGACUGAAGAAGAUGAGAUCUCCUACACUUUGCUUUAUGCCUACUUCAGCAGUCGUAGGCGCUUUGGGGUGGUGUCCAAUAAUCUGAAACAAGUGAAGGACAUGUAUCUCGUUCCUUUGGGCGCCACUGAAAAAGUUCCACAUCAGCUUGUUCCCUUUGACGGACCAGGUAACCAGAGCGCCUCAUCUUUUUAGUAUUACACAAACAUUUCUCAUCCGUCAGACUUAAUUUCUUUUUUUUGGAUCAACAGGUUUAGAAAACAACCGUGCCAACCUUCUCCUUGGACUGAUAAUCCGCCAGAGACCGAAGAGGGAUUUCCUCACCGUGGACAUGAAUGAAAGCAUGAGGAUUGUUCCUGAAAUCAAACCUGUUACCCUUUCCUCGAGAGAGACUCGAGAAUCAGAGAAGGAAGAGAAUUUUUUCCUCUCCACUCUGACUGCCGCGCACAAUAAAGAGAAGGACAAACCACUUAACACUACUGAAGAAGUUAAUGAGCCGAUCACAGAGUCUGUGGAGGAACCGUCUGCAUCAGAGGAGACCAACAACCAGGAAUCUCAAAAGCCGCUCCGCUUCCUUCCGGGCGUGUUGGUAGGCUGGGGUGGGGAAUUACCACCUCUGCCAGAUGUUGGAAUUAAACCCACAAAGGCAGCAGAUGACACCCCAAAGACCCCGUCAGCUCUGAAAACAGAGACACCCACUGGAAUCUCCAAAAGUCCGACAGCUGCUGCGCCGCGAGAGCGCUUUGUCAUCAAAAAGAAAGAAGCUAAACCCGCUAAAGCUGAACCCGAGCUUCCCGGCCUGACUGACUCAUCUGUUGCGAACAACUCCUCAGUGAAGGAUGCUGCAGCGGUGACCCCCAGCACACCAGUCUCUCUGAAAGAUAAGCCUCCAGAUGUGUCGACUGAAACCUUCCUGGCGAGCUUGUCGACGGCUCCGAGUGGGACUGAAACGAGCGUCUCUGCCUCGGCAAACAAAGGAGACGCUGGCCUUUUGUCUGAAAACGAAAAAGGAACAUCUGAAGGGAGUUCUUCAUCGCAGCCAAUCUCCCAGACUGCUCCAGCUCACACAAAUAGCUCAAAACCUCCUUUGAGUGGAAUACUGAAAAAAUCUUCAGUGUUUUCCAGCGUGAGUGAAGAUAAAACAACGGUGCUACAAAAGGAUAAAGCCAGCCACCAAGCUCCUUUGAGUCCUAAACCCAUUCCUACAUUAAGUAGCACUAGAAAUCUUCCUGUUACUCUAUUUCAUCAAGGAUACUUGCAGGUUUCUCAGGCCAAGAACAAACCUGAGGAAGGAAAACAAGCAUCUACGCAACCGUUCCCAAGUGUGAAGGAAGAUCCCGGCGUGUCCCAGACUGAAGCGUCUGUAGCUCCUCCCACAGUCCAAGGAACUCAAGAAACAGGCGACAUCGAAGCCUCCGAGCCCAAACAAGAUGCAGCAGCGGCAUCGGCUCUCCCGGUUUACAACGCCGCUGCACCCACACCGCCACAGCCUCAGGUACCCGGCAGCUACGAUGACACAACCGGCCCUCCUCCUGACACCUCCUCCGCCCAGGAUCAGAACCACAGCACACCAGGAGCUCAGGAUCGCACUUCAUACGCCAUCCCCGGCCUGGAGAGCUACUCCGAAUCAUCCGGCCCAUCUCCGUCUCAGGCCAAAGAUCAGAAGCGGGUAGAGGAGCGAUACAGCGACCCGUGGGAGAGGCCGCGAAACACAGAAGAGAGAGACCACCACGGGAGGCACAGCCAUCACAGGGACUCCCACCACGGGAAGAAGAGCCGGCACCACGACCGCGAGAGGGAGAAGAAACACGACCGCAGCCAUGAGGACAAGUACAGAGAGAGGAGCAGGCACCACGGACACUCAGAGGACCGCUACGGCGAGAAGAGGAAAGAGAGGCAGCACAGCGACGACUACAGCAACCGCCACAAGGACAGACACAGGCACAGACGGGACUCUGAUUACGAGAACGGGCGGCGGAGUUCGAAAGACAGUUACUCAUAAUUUCGUUCUUUUAAGUAUCAAAAGCCCUGCUGGGGCUCUAAAAAAAAGACUGUCCGCCUGUAGGUCACUCAGCAGGUUCAGACUAUCUCAGCUCGUAUCGGCUGAUAGUUGAGUUGUUUUGUUUUUAUACACAAGUCUGCCGAGGAAAUGCCGUUUCCAGACCAGAAGUUCCAUUUUAGGUUAUUUACAGUACAGCCAAAAUGUAUUAUCAUUUCAAAAGGAUUGAGAAGAUCCGCAGAGAUUCGUUCUUUUCAGACCAACAAGAACUCAACAUUGGAACGUUUUCAAGGUUUUUAGCCUUUUAUUAUGUAACACUCAUUCAUAUUGGGCUGCUGUACUGACUGCAAACAAUCAGUAAAUGUUUCCAGUCUGGUGUGGACCAUUUGGUGAAAAGUUGAAGUUGCACUCAAAACAUUUGGCAUGAAUGUAACACAGACGACAUUUAACUGAGGACAGCGAUUAAAACAGCAGCUGUGUUUUUUUUUGUGUUUGUUUUUUCAACUUAAUUUCUUUUCAGAUUGCUUAAAUAUUUUAUAAACUUACUUUCUUUUGGAAAAGUAUGUACAUUUUGGCUUGUAAUAUACAGUAGAGAUUAUGUGUGCCUUUGCACUGUGUGUUUAUGUACAGUUCGUAAUAAAGCUAAUCCUUUUUUAUUGAUUAUAAAAACUCAUAUUGCUUUCAUAAUGUAUUAAAUCACCUUGAUACUGAUUUACAUUGUGCUAUUUUAAUCAAGUUCGACAGUCAAGUUGUCUGAUGAGCAUUUAAACACAGACCACAUGUUAUUUGAACAAUGAUAAGUAAGCAGAUUAUUUUUUACAAACAUAACGAACACCAGAAGAAGAAGAAAAUAGCUGCAGAGUCAAACAUGAAGAAAAUACAGUCUUGUCUUUGAAUCACUGUUACAAACUUUACUCAGAAUACAUAUUUGUACGCAAUAAAACAACUUACAGUACAUCACGUUGAAGCAUUUCACUGCGCUGUGUAGCUGUUAUUCACUGAUAACGGGGCCAAAUGUCUAGAGAGAAAACUAAAAUAAAUGUGGGUAUUAUGAGAGGGCUCAUACAUGUGAGUUUUAAAUAGUUUCAAACUUAUCUUAAGUUGCUAAAGUUGUAAACACAACCUUGUUUCUAAAAAAGUUGUGAAUCUCCUUAAAAUGCUGUUAAAAGCAGAUUUUGAGUGUUUGCAAAUCAUUUUAAGUCUGUACUUCAUCAGAAAUGGUGCAAAAACAGUUGAAACUGUAAAUGAUGUAUUUCAAAAUGUUGGGACAGGACAACAAAAUACUGAAACAAGUUGUGAAACGCCAAAAAAGUAUAAUACUCAGCUUCAAAAGUUGAUUUGCAAAAGGUUUGUUACAUGACCAGGAAUAAAAAAGAUACUCUAAGAAGACUAAGUGCAAAAAUGAAGAGAGGUUCACACCACUGUGAGAGACUGCAUGAACAUGGUAUGAUGUCCCUGAGGGUUAAAUUGAAAAUACUUUGUGGAUUAAAUCAUUUACAGCAAACACUAUAACUGAAUUAUUCUAAGAUUCUGGACACACCUGUUGGAAAAUGACCAAAAACCAAAUUGACUGUAGUGGAAAUCACUACAUGAGCUCAAAGUCACUUUCAAAAUCCCAUUUUUAUGAACAGCUCAACACUUCAUCCACAAAGGCAGGUUAAAACUCCACCAUGUAAAGAAGAAAACAAACAUGAUCCAGAAAAACUUGAAAAAAUCAAAAUUUCUCUUUCAUUCUGGAAAUCAUGGAGACCUUCUUCUGCUAUAAAGAGGAGCAGGACCACCCGACAUGUUCUCAGCAAAAAGUCAGCAUCCAUGACGGUGAGUGCCCGUGAUCUGGGGAGUUUACACAUCUGGAAAAGCACCAUUACUGCCAUGGUAAGACAACUUUAGCUGCAAUCUAGACAAUUAGAGAAGAUCCUGCAGAUUCCAUCAAGACAAUCCCAAACCUCAUUCUGUAGAUAUAACAACAACAUAACUCUGUAGUAGAAGAGUCUGGGCACAAACUGGAGUGCAGAAACAGGUCUCCUUGAUUUCUAAAUGUUAACACAGUGUUAAAUAAGAGAUUGUGCAAUUCAAGAAAAAAACAUACUACUGUCCCAACUUUUUGGAGAGGUGUUGCUGACAUCAAAUUGAAAAACAAAAUCAUGAAAUCUUUCACUUCUUACUUCUGCUAGUCUGUAUUUGCACCAUUUUCAAUUUCAGUUUGAUUUGGUAACACUCAAAUUCUGUUGUAUAAGCAUCUUGUACAUCAUUCAGACUUUGUACAAAUUAAAGACGAUAUUUUACCUACUUUGAAAAUGAAAGUGAGGAAUAUGUGAUCAGGCAUAACAAAGGAUGUUGCAGAAAGUAAUGAAAGCAGUAAGCACCUUGAGUUCUGUAGUUCAGCGUGAGCAUUUUCAUUGCUUUGUAUUUUUUUUUCAUACUGACUACUGAGUGGAAAGCAAUGAAAACUCCAUUUUCAUGCAGUACAUUUGGCCCCUGGAGUUACUCUCUCUCACUUCUAAUCACCCCCCUCAUCAACAUUAAAACCUUCACUGUUUUUCAGAAACUGCAGCGGCUUUGUAUCUUGGAAUAAAUGAACAUUUCUGAGAUUUCCUUCAAAGCCCUUUAAAAACAACCCUGCAGUGAUGUUUGAGACGUUCCUGUAUAGUUCAAACCCUCCAAAGUAAAGCUGACCACCGUAAUUUAAGGCAAUGUAACGCUCAAAUGGGUCCAUAUCUUGGAUGAUGGCUCUCUUACUGUUUAGGAAUACCUGGAUCACUGUGCCGUUCAAAGAUAUGGAGACAUUAUGCCACUUGUUGCAGCAGAGAGAGAGAUUUCUGUAAGUUACUGGGCGGGAAAGUCUCUCUCCAAGGUUCACGGCCACUUUGAGGAGUCCUCCUUCAAGGCCGACUGCGAGGUAGUCGUCAUCUUCUUGUUCAGCCUUCCCCAUCCACAGUAUCAAACUGUCAUUAGAGCGUGAGCGAAAGCUGAAGGAAACUUGUGCGUAUUUCAGAUUUCUCGUGUUGUAUCUUGAGUCUAGAUAUUUAACGAAAGAGUUCCCGAUAAACUUGAGAGUUUCCGAUGUUACUUCUGUGUCACAGUACCUCCCACCCCAUCCUAGUGGGCACAUACAGCUAUACGAGACGUCACUAGAUGGAGCACAAAUGGAGCCGUGUUUGCAGUUGUUAUCUACACAGACUAUCGACUGGUUGCACGCGGAGCCGGUCCAUGGCAGCGGACACACGCAUGUAAAUGAGCUGCUUCCUAAAGGCAGGCAGCGACCUCCAUUUUGGCACACCUUGUACCCACAUCCAGUCCCAUCCCAGUCCCCAAUAUUCGUCCCACUAACCGCCCCCGUCUCUGUCA